CCAUCCCCACCAAAACAUCUCCAAACUCCGAACGCGGCAUUGGGCAGAUAGCAUCUAAAAUAGACCAGGCCGCCGCGCUGACUGAGCUUCCACGCUGAAUCUUCUAGAAGCAGGGUCGACACAUAUUCACGACGAAUUCGACGGUUGGGCCAUUCAACCAUGAUAUCGUUGCCUAAAUAAACUCUCUGCUCACUGAACCUCAAACUAUCCUCCCGCUUGCUCCCGCAUCAUAACCAUGUUCUCGACAUUCACGGGCAACUCGAGACGCCCUCGAAAUGUCAACCUUAGCGGCGCCACCGGAAAUCCCUUCAAUAAUACUUCGUGGUCGCCAUCUGCCGUUUCGAACACAACAAAGACUGUUUCAAAUGCACAAGCCGAGCGUGAGAGGCGACAAGCCGAGCGAACAAGACUAAAGGCGGCUGGCAAGAUACAGAGAAUAUGGAGAGGCUAUAAAACGAGAGCUGAGCUGAAGGAGUCUCAGAGGAACACCUUUGAUGCUCUAUACAAGCCAGGAUCCUUCCCGAAUCCUUCUGAGAGGCUUCCAAAAGCAUUCACGCUGCUUCUGUCUUUCUUCAGCCUGCGACGGGAUGACGACAUACAACGAGCUAUUUGUUAUGCACAUGAUACCGAGUCUGUGAAUCUCGAAGGAAUUACUCCUUCAAAUGUUCAUCCGUCACGAGUAGGAUGCCUUGUUCAACUGCUUUUAAAGGCCCUAGACAAAUCCUUAUCAAUAGGGUACGUGAUUACGUUUAUCACUAGUUCCAUCUGGCCCUUGUCUAACCAACCUGUAUACAGAGAUCUUUCUGGCGAUACCCAUCUCCUUUUUAAGCUCGUUCUUCGCAUCGUUACGAAAUACCCCGAAUUGGUCAUUCCCACAAUCGACAGUUACUAUACAGUAGUCGCCAAGCUAUGUCAGUUUCAGAAGCUCAGUGGGCAGUGGCAAGAUGUUAUGCUUCAAGCCAUUUCUAGGCCACUCGAGGCAGCCUCCCACGAAGGGACAUCACAUGUUUAUCGUGCAUACGCCUUCUCAUUCUUAGCCAACAAUAACUUGCACUUCUUUGAAGAAAAUAUCUCCACCCUAUCUAACGCAGUCAGACUUUCUGAUCUUUCAGAGGCGAUAGUUACAGGACUAUCCUCUCCCUCGAGCGAGAAACACUCUCAGGAUGCUCAACUCUGGCAGCUCGCCCACUUCAUCGAUUUGAGUCGUUUGAACGCCAACAAUAGUAGCGGCUCGGGUGUUUUGGAAACGCUUUACACUCAAUUAUCUGGUCUUUCUUCUACCAUCAGUCUCCGUUUGUUGGCAAAGUCGACAGAUGGCGACGAGAAUAACUCUGAAGAGCCUCUCGUGCCAUCACUAGAUCCUUAUAUCACUACUAAACUCAUGUCACUAGUGGACAGCAAUGGCAUUUCACAAACGUUACACGAAUUCUCGACUAACUUGGCGGGAUCCUCAUCGCAAGAGUAUCAAAGCACGAGCUUUUUGGCUGGGUAUAUCUUGACCCUACUCCGAUGCUUCCCUGCAAACAGCGAUGACAUACGUAUGCGCCUCUUCCUUGAGGAAAUUCCUACGGUCUCGGGUGAUGUCUCAACGAUAAAGUUUCUCUGGCACAUUAUGAGCCAAACGGCGGUCUUCCAGAAGUUGAGGAUUGAGUCAGAGCCCCCGCUCGACGUCCUCCGCAGAUAUCUGGGUGUUGCAUCAGAGACUUCGAGUUCCCUGGAAGAGGAACAGGAUUGGCGGAUUGUCCUCUUGUUCCUUGAACUGUAUAUAUUUAUUCUUCGUUUGAGCGAUGAUGAGGAUUUUUUCAGUGGUAUUGACCCACGGAUCAUGGAGCAAAACCCAUCAAUAUCCCGCAUUCGAUCUUGCAGCCUGUCCCUGGAGGACGUCAAAAUGCUGACAAGCUUUCUGAAGAAUACUGCAUUUACUCUUCACUAUAAGGCUCAAGAACUCUCCAAAUCCCGUGGUGAUCUGGAGGCAGCCUCCAGAUAUCGUAUUGACACCUAUUUUGGUUCUGAGCAAUCUUCAGCAAUGAUAUCAGAGGGGCCUUCACCCACAAAGAGUCCAACAAGACUUGAUAUUGACAGCCUGCGAAACAUUGUUACAACAGCUAUGAAAAUGCUGUAUGAAAGAGAUUCGAGGAAGCAAUUCCUUCCCACAGACCAUUGGCUUAUGACCUCAAAACUAGACCAGUCAGACUUCAUCAGUGCUGUUAUUGCAGAGGAAAAGCGACAGAUCGAUGAAAACUCCGAUGACAGCGAUGUCGAGGAUAGCGAACAUGGGGAUGGUCCAGGUCUUUACUCAACUAUUGUUGGCCAGCGACUGUCACGACAUGCAAGACUCGAGCAACUGAAAGUUCAGCAGAUUCGGAGUCAGAGGGAGCGCCGACAAGCAGAGAUGAAGCCCAAGCUGGAGAUUUUAAAGCACAUGCCGUUUGCAGUUCCUUUCGAAACUCGUGUUCAAAUCUUUCGCCACUUUAUCCAACUAGAUCGGGAGCAACGAGGGGAUAACAGCCAGUCCCAUUUUGGCGGUCCGUAUGCGAAACACCAUGCACGAAUUUCACGCAACAGUCUCUUUGACGAUGCAUAUAAGCAGUUCUACGAGAUAGGGGAAGGUCUGAAGGAUCUUAUCCAGAUCACAUUUGUCGAUCAGUUCGGUGCCGCUGAGGCUGGUAUCGAUGGAGGAGGUGUUACCAAAGAGUUCCUUAUCAGCGUAACGACAGAAGCGUUCGGUGCUGAAGGUGGUAGAGGCAUGUUCACUUCGAACGAAAAGGGACUUCUGUACCCUGAUCCCACAGCCCUCGACGUUAUUCGGGAAGAAAUGCGCCAUGCCGGAAUGACAGAAGCUGACAGCACAUUUCGAGAUAUGAUGUCAGAUUUACUCAAGCGAUUUGAAUUUCUUGGCAGGAUCGUGGGCAAAUGCAUGUACGAGGGCAUUCUCGUUGACCUAGCUUUUGCUGGCUUCUUUCUCCUCAAGUGGACAUCGACAGGGCCUAACGAUGAGAAUACUUAUAAAGGCAGUGUGAACGAUCUUCGAGAUAUGGAUGAGGAACUCUACAGAGGCAUGCUACGACUCAAGAAUUACCCUGGAGAUAUCUCUGAACUGGGAAUCGACUUCACCAUCGAGGACCAAGUCUCAGACCCUAAAGAUCCAGUGAAGACUGUCACCAGGAAGCUGAUAGCCAAUGGCGAUCAGAUCCACGUUACGAACGACAACCGACUCUUAUACAUCUCGUAUGUCGCUCGGCACCGUUUGGUUGUUCAACCAGCACCACAGACCUCAGCCUUCUUGCGCGGUCUAAGGUCUAUUAUCCGCCCCUCGUGGCUGUCUAUGUUUAAUCAGUCGGAGCUGCAGCGUCUUGUCGGCGGUGACUCAUCCGAGAUCGAUAUCGAUGAUCUCCGGAAUAACACCAUCUACAGCGGCUUAUACGAAAUUGGUGAUGACGGUGAAGAGCAUGAAACAAUCAAGUUGUUCUGGAAAGUCAUGCGUAGCUUCACAGAUGCUCAACGCCGUGAUGUUCUCAAAUAUGUCAGCUCGACACCCCGAGCCCCUUUGUUGGGCUUCUCACAACUGAGACCAAUGUUCAGCAUUCGAGACGGAGGAACAGACGAGGAGAGACUACCAAGCACCAGCACAUGUGUUAACCUGCUCAAGCUACCAAGAUACACUUCAGAAGCGACGCUUCGCGAGAAAUUGCUUUAUGCUGUGCAGUCGGGGGCAGGUUUUGACUUGAGUUAAACAGGGCUUGGUCCGCUUUUAAUGAAUUAGGAGGCAAAUGACGGGUAUGGUUUGAUUUGCAUUAACAUCAGGAAUGGCUGUUUGGGAGUUAUGACUAUGAAUGAGACAACAUAGCGGCUAUCGGCAUAAGUAUUGUACUUACUUGGUCAUUAGAUUAGCAAUCACACUGGAUGUUUAUGAC